AUGUUAGUUCCCGCCAUCUGUGUCGGAAAAAAGGCUGAAGACUUAUCUGCAGAAUUGGUCAAAUACACUGGAAGUGAGUCAAAAGAGGAAGAUGCUAAAGACGUGAAGAAGUGCUAUUGGCCACUGGUGAAGUGUGUGACUGUCAGGGGGCCGAAGAAGGGUCUUCUCCAGCACGUCACACUUGUGGAUCUUCCUGGAAACCGGGACCGUAACAAGACCAGAGACACAAUGUGGAAAAAGGUUGUUGGAAGUUGUUCUACUGUGUGGAUUGUGGCUGAGAUCAAUCAAGCAGCUUCUGAAAAAGAAUCCUGGGAGAUCCUGGAAGAAUCCUGCAGCCUCAUGGGAAAUGGUCACGAGUGUCAGCAGAUUAAUUUGAUCUGCACCAAGUCUGAUAGUCUUGGAGGUUCAGAUGAUCAGUCAGCAGCUGAUGUUCGUGCUCUGAUACUAAAACAAAACGAGCAAGCCAAGAUAGACGUGAAGGCAGAAUUCAGCAAACUAAAAGACGUUAAGGAAUUCCUGCAAGAUCUCAACGACUGGCAGACAUGGAACUAUGUGUCUGGAGCUCUGGGGGUUCUCUCUCUGAUUCAGGCAGCCAGCAGCAGAGAGAGAGGAACAUCAAGUAACAACAUCUUUCACUGUCUUUCAUAUUGACAGAAAUAAUAACAUUCAUCGAAAAGAAGCUGACAUAAAGACGGCUGUGUCCAUAGGACUUGAAGAGAAGCUGAGUCAUGAACUUGAUCAAGUCAGGGAACCCAUGGACCCUUAUGGCUUUUGAAAGAUGUCUCAGUGGGGGGGGUUAAAACAUCAAAGAGUUCAUGUGAAGAAGUCUUAAAGUCGGUCCUUUAUCCUACAAAGAAAGGUGGUGCACUUCACAGGUCACUGAAGUGUGGAGUUGAGAAUGGUGGCAUCCACAAACCAAGAGAAGGGG